AUGCUGACGGAAUACAAAAACUACAAGGCGGGCGGUCUCUUGAGAGGCCAGUACCGAAAGGUUUCCAACAUCAGUGAAGGGUCAUACGGGAUUGUCACUUUGGCACAAGACGCCAAGCACGAUAAUCGCCUUGUUGCGGUGAAGUACAUCACCGAAAACCCCAACCUGAGCUCGCGGGAUGCCACCAAGCCUAAGGAAGACGGCUCCGACGGCUCACGGAAGCAAACCAACACCUCCAACAAGACCAGACACUACUCAUAUGUGCUCCGUGAAGCGAAGCACGAGAUUGAAAUCUUGAAGAUCAUUGGUGACAAGCACCCCAACAUCACCGCGCUCUACGACCACUUCGAUGCCUAUAUUGUGCUCGAGUACUGCGCGCGUGGUGACUUAUACGAGGCGAUCCGCCUGGAUGUGGGGCCGUCUGCCACUUCCGACGUCAUUGACGUUAUGUGCCAACUCAUGGAUGGAAUUGAGUUUGUGCACAGCCACAACAUCUUCCACAGAGAUAUUAAGCCAGAAAACAUCUUGAUCUCCGACGACUGGACGGUCAAGUUGACGGACUGGGGGUUGGCCACCACCCAAAAGAUGUGCACCGAUUUUGACAUUGGCAGCGAGCGGUACAUGGCCCCGGAACUCUUUGAUGACACCAACCUUGAGGAGUAUGACGCAUCCAAGGUGGACAUAUGGGCGUUGGGGGUCUGUAUGUUGAACGUGGUGUUUCAUAAGAACCCGUUCCAGGCCGCCAACGCAUCCGACAAGUCCUUUGUGCUUUUCAGCGCCAACCGUGACUUCUUGUUUGACAUGUUUGCUAAUAUGUCGUACGACAUGUUUGGUGUGCUUCGCUACUCGUUGACGUUGGACCCGGAGAACCGUGAUUUGGCGAGCAUGCGUACCGAGUUGUUGCAUGUGGAGAACUUUACGAUUGACCACGAAAUGUCCGAGAUCGAGGACAAUGUGUUUACCGAUCUUUCGGCUCCACUAAUGACUCAGGGCGACGCUUCAGGCGACACUCACUUGGCAGUUCCACCGAAUGAGAGCCAACCAAUUGAAAUGGCAACUUCGCCCGUGGCAAAGUUUAUCCGUAACUCCCGGAAGCCUCUUGCCAUUCCCUCUACUCGCCCCACCGGCGUUUACCGUCCCAAUAUCAACAACCCAUACCCGUCCAAGGGUAUCAACAUCAACAAUGGCAACAACUACAACCUUCAGGACCACUUCACCCCCAAGUCGGUAUUCAACCGCUAUAUGGACAAGAUUGACCAGAAUAAGGAGACCGUGGCGGGCGUGCCAAACUCGUUUGUGAAGCCCUUCAAACAGCCCCGCAACUGGAAGCGUCGUCCGUGGAACCGUAACCGUAAGGCCAACAAUACUGGUAAUACCAGCUACAGCGGCUCGUACAACGGGAAUACUUCUGGGUUCAGCACCGUGAAUGUCAAGGAUGGGGCCAGACGCAGAGAGUGGUUCCCUGGUGAAACCUCUGGCAGAAGAAGCUCGCACUCGCACUCCAACUCGUACUCCAACUCGCACUCCUCUCGGCGUAGCUCUCAGUGCCGUCCGAGCAACUUUGUGAACGUCCAGUCCCUGGUUCCGAGGGAGUCGAACCCCCACGCUCGUAGAGCGUCGCUUGGGAUCAUCUACCCUCCCAGCUCCAGUGGAAAGUAUGUGCCACCAAACCUCAGAUCGCCGUUGCUCAACGUUACGGGUCCAAUCGAAGAGGACAAGCCUCAUCACGAUUACGAUUUGGACGAUGAAGUGUUCUUGUUAGAGGAUGAUUUUGAAGCUAGUGCUAAUGAGCUUUCCUCUCACCUUGGCCAGACCUCGUUGAACGGGGGGUCUGGGAUGCCCAUCUACGGCGAUAAGUACGCGAGAACACAGGAGUACCACCAUGAGGCCCACGGGGAGCCAUACUUCCAGAGUAUUUCGUCUACUUUGAUGGGAUCCCACCACGAUGGGGCGAUAAACCUGCAUGUGUUCAGGUCCGACGAUAAGGAUUCGGUCUUCAAGAAGCCCAACGGGGUGGUGAAGAAGAUCCCCGACUUUGACAGGGAGAGACCCCACUCCUCAGCGCUGCAUGAGCUGCUGAGAUUCAACGCAAAUCACAGAUUUAACGGAAGACACCAGACCCAGGCGUUUCUUGGAGCCACGUCGCCUCCGCGGAACGGAGCCAUGCCUCUGAUCCAAAUCCCACACGCGGUUCCUACUGUUUCGCUCAACUCCGAGAGAAACUUGUACAUCCCUCCCAACCGCCGUCAGUCGCAUUCUGCUGCGUCCAACACCAGACCGGGAUUGGGGGAGACAGCCGCUGGCAAGUUGACCUCUUUGGCGGACCAUGGAAGUGGCGUCACCACUCCAGAGUUUUCCAGACCCGUGUCAUUCUUGCCAACGAUCCACUCCGAGGUGGCCUCGCCCACUUCCACCUCUGUGCCUAUAAAAUCAACCAGCUGGUUCAAGUUCCACAAGAGCUGGGAUGAAUAUGACGAUGACGAUGAUGACGAUGAUGGCCGGGUAAGCCCGAGCUUUGGAAGCAAGAAGCAAGCGAUUCCUUCCAAUGCGAGCAUAAGCUCCGAUACCAAUGACUCGGUAACACUUUUCGACGAGCUCUGGAGCGAGCUUGCCCCAGGAUCGCAAACUCGGCUUCCGUCGUCAUUAAUCCCGGAUCUCAUUUCUCGCUUUGAAACCUAUCUUGGUAUUUCACAGGGGGAUCUUCUCAGCGAGAACGCGGCACUGGAGAUUCAGACGUUUUGUCAGGAAAACGGCGAAUUGAUGCUUUCCAAGGAUGACUUUGCAACCCUUACGGGUAACCGAAUCAACUUUCGGAUGCUUGAAGAAAAUCCGUUUGGUUCCUCAUCUCCUUCCCCCAUGAGUUCGCCGUGCCCAUCACCUACAAAGCGGUCCAAAGGCCCAAGCCACUUGCGUUCACAGUCGACGCCAGAUUUGCACAGCGAGCUGGAUCAGGUCUCAGAUCCGUUUCCAUUUCGUUCCCAGCGACACGCGUCUAUUGCUUCCUUCUCUCCGGUACCAAAAUACCAGUCAAGCAUCGCGGUGCGCCAGGUGAAGAAGCUACUUUUAGACCUUGAGCAUACACAUCUGCAGAUCCACCGCAAUUUCGACAGCAUCUCCCGCAGUCUUCUUCUGUUGGAACGGGAGUCACGACGUGACCUCGACCGCUUGGAGGGGUUGUACCACGAGUACGAGGGACAUAUAGUGGAUAUAAGGGGUCUCAACGAAGACUUGGAGUAUAUUAAGACGGGGGUAAAGGAGCUUUGGAGCACCAAAAAACGCAACAGACAGAGGGCAAAAGAGGAAGCCCCAGAAGCUGUCAAAGGAGAGUCUUCCUACAUUACCCUUGCGCCAGUGGAAGAGGAAACUCAAGAAACUCAGGAAAUCCCAGAAGCUGUCAAUGAGAAACCUUCCAGCAUUACCCUUGCACCAGUGGAAAAGAAAGCCCAAGAAACCCAGAAAAUCCCAGAAGCUGUCAAAGAGGAUACAGGUGAAAGACCUUUCAAAUCAAACAUUGAUGGGGGAUUAAAAGCCCCUUCAAACAGGGAUGCUACCAAAAUCCUUACAAAGAUGAAUAAAACCAAUCCCAUUUCUGGAAAAACAGCUGUUCCAACGAAGACGGUCACCCCUUAUAUCCCUGUUUCCUCACAGACCAUCUCACCAAAUACCCCUACACCAACAGAGAUUUCAGAGGUUGACGUUGAUCCACUCAGUUUACCCACUCUCGAAGUGGCAACGCCCUCAUCUCCAGAAUUGGUUAAAAAAGAACCAUUGGCUGGUCCAAGCACGCUCCAACUAUCCGGAGCUUCACAAUCCCCGCUAUUGUCGCUCAAGAUGCUCUUGUUCUCCUUCGUCGUCAUCAUCUUGGCCUACUGGAAGGCAUUAUAA